UUCUUCCAUUCAGAGCUGGGGCAAUGAUGAGGCUCUUUCCACUUCUCUACCUGCUGCUGUUCUUCAGCCUUGGGGUGGCCCCCCACCGCCACUCCCACCCCAAGGCAAAGAAAGCUAAGAAGUCUUCUAGGGGUACUGUGGGGACUCCCAGAAGGAAGGACUUUACCUUCAGCCUCUACAGGGCCUUGGUUUUGGAAGCUCCUGGUCAGAAUGUUGUUUUCUCCCCCAUGAGCGUGUCUAUGAGCUUGGGCAUGCUCUCCCUGGGAGCUGGCAGCCACGCUAAGACACAGAUCCUGGAGGGCCUGGGCCUCAGCCUCCAGCAAGGCCAAGAGGACAAGAUCCACAAGGGCUUCCAACAGCUGCUGCAGAGGUUCAGCCAGCCUAGUGAUGGCCUCCAGCUGAGCCUGGGAAGUGCCCUUUUUACAGACCCAGCAAUACAUAUUCGAGACAGCUUCCUGAGUGCCAUGAAGAUGCUAUACAUGUCAGAUGCAUUCUCUACCAACUUUGGGAACCCCGAAAGUGCUAAGAAGCAGAUCAAUGACUAUGUGGCCGAGAAGACCAAGGGCAAGAUCGUAGACCUGAUCAGGGAACUUGACAGCACCCAUGUCAUGGUGAUGGUAAAUUACAUCUUCUUUAAAGCGAAGUGGCAGGUUGCUUUCAGUGACAAAAAUACCCGCCAGGAAGAUUUCCACGUGACCCCCAAGAGGACCAUUCAGGUACCCAUGAUGAACCGUGAAGAUGAGUAUUACUACAUCAUGGACCGAAAUCUUUCCUGUGCGGUUGUGGGCAUCCCUUACCAGGACAGCACCAUUGCUCUGUUCAUUCUCCCCAGUGAGGGCAAGAUGAAGCAGAUGGAGAGUGGUCUGAAUGAGGGAGUGCUGAGGAACUGGCUUAAAAUAUCCACAAAGAGACGCUUAGAUCUUUACCUUCCCAAGUUCUCCAUGGAGGGUACUUAUCAACUGGAGAAAAUCCUCCCCAAGCUGGGUAUCAGGGACGUCUUCACCACCCAUGCUGACUUGUCUGGCAUUACUGACCACACCAAUAUCAAGUUGUCUGAGAUGAUGCACAAAUCCGUGGUGGAAGUAGAUGAGUCAGGAACCAGAGCAGCUGCUGCCACAGGAACAGCCUUCACGUUCAGAUCUGCUCGCCCAAGCUCUUUGAAGUUAAGAUUCAACAAACCCUUUUUGAUAGUCAUUGUUCAAAAUAAGAAUAUCAUUUUUGUUGGCAAAGUGGCCAAACCCUGAGGUGGGACUCCUUCUGUAACCCACAGGUCUACCCAGGGCGAGCCAGGCAUAUAUUACAGCUCAUCCAACUCUCCGUAGCUAGCAAUUUGCAUAACAUGGAUUGAC